AUGUGCAAAUGGAUUUGUAGACACUACGACUGCGACCACAAAAAGUACAUCGUCUCCAGCUUCUGCCAGCGCUACAUCAAGUCCCGCGGCCGCAUCUGCCACGCCAUCGCGCACGUGUACUACGACGAGAACUACCUGGGCGAGCUCUGCCCCCAGUGCCGCAACGUCAUGACCGACAACCACCGCGAGUACAUGUUCAAGAUCUACAAGGACCUGAACAAGAAGCACCCGGACCGCAACUGGGACAGGGUCGUCGCCGCCGCGCGCUUUCCCACCAACAACACGCAGGCAAGAGCCGUUCAGCUCCACUACCGAGCGGUGCAGUUGUGGUGA